AUGACCGAUAACACAGAUACAGGAGGACCACCAAAGAUUGCAGCGCUGGAUCUUCCAGAGAUUAGGCGCCAUGUCCUCCAGUACCUGGGGGGUACGAAUUUGGUCAAUUGUAUGCAACUGAACAAGGCGUGGCAAGAAGAGGCUGUACCGGUGCUCUGGAGCAGGAUCAAUCUAAACAGACCACCACCCAUUGCAGAGCUUCGACGCUCCGGCAGUCUUAUCAGAACCCUGAACAUGGGUUACCUCGAUGUUGCCUGGCCAGUGUAUUCCACGCUGGAAAUCCCCAACCUUCGAGGACUGGCCUUUUCAUUUGUGCCCACGAAUGGGGAUAAGACCAGCGAAUUAUUUCAAAGGCACACUUUAUUGACGCAGGUGGAUCUGUGGGAUACGAAAUGCACAUUCGAGGGCUCCGCACAUGCUUCGCAGCUCUGGGAAGCAAUGGCCAGCUUGCCGAACUUGAGGAAGCUCAAUCUUCUCAAUUUUACACUGACCGACAAUAUCGACCUUUUACCUCCUCUAUCAAACUUACAGUCGCUGGUUAUGCAGCAUGUAGAUUUUGCAGAGAUGUCAUUGAAUGCGCAGAUGCAACUUAUGGCCCGAUGCCCAGCCCUGGAAAUCCUGGAGUGGAAGCCGACUUUAAAAGUCAGUGGGAAAGGACCUAUAGCAAUUAAGCUGUUUGCACGAAUGGUUAAAGCCGGGACCUGGCCCAAGUUACAGGGAUUGACUCUGGGUUGGAGUCUGAAUGGUUGUUUAGACGAAGACAUCGCUUCCAUCCUGGAGGCUAUGCCGCGGGUUUCGAUCCUUGCUUUGCCCGCCUCAAAGUUUGGACCGCUAUCUUUCGAGAAACUGCGUGCCCACUUCUUGACCCUUCGAGAGCUUGGCCUCGAACACUCCCAUCGGCUGACAAAGGCGAUGGUGACGGAGGUUUUGGCAUCAUGCCCUCGGCUGUCUUCUGCAUCUUGGGCACGCCUCACCGUACACCCUGCAUACACCCACGUUUCUGCAGCGCAGAAAUAG